AUGAGUCUAAUCGAUUUUGAACAUUUAGCCUUGGAACACGAUUUCGCUCAGCCCGAGUCGACUGCGUUCGCCCGGUGGUUGGACUCGGAAGAUUCACUCGGAUUCAUUCGCGAUCAGUUCCGUCAACCGGAUGCUCAUUAUAUAGAACAAACCACUACCAUACGUUUCGAACGGACCGAUUCCGACGGAGUAUGUCCAUCGAUUACAUACUUGUGCGGUCAUUCAUUGGGUCUACAACCGACUAGUCUUUUGACCCGCCUUACAGCUGGUUUGGAUCAAUGGGCCUGUUUGGGCGUGUUGGCCUAUGCGAAUGGCCAAUUGCCUGCAUCCAGUUCUGACCUACCCGUUGCUGAACAGGUUGCUCGAGAAAUUGUCGGCGCGAAACCAGUGGAGGUUGCUCUGACCAAUAAUCUAUCCAUCAAUAUGCAUUUGCUACUGACCACAUUUUAUCGACCAAUUGGGGAUAAGAAUUGUAUCCUCAUUGAAAAGAAAGCAUUUCCCACGGACUAUUAUGUGAUUGAAUCACAAAUUGCCUGGCACGGAUUGGAUCCGGCCAGUUGUAUCAUUCAACUCGAACCCCGAGCUGGCGAAUGGUGUCUGCGCACUGACGAUAUUCUCUGUGUGAUACGUGAAAAUGCCUCACGUUUGGCACUGAUUUGGUUGCCUGGUGUGCAAUAUAUUACCGGACAGCUUUUUGAUAUACCUACAAUUACACGAGCCGGUCAUGAAUUGGCCCAAUGUCCAGUUGGUUGGGAUCUGGCACACGCGGUCGGUAAUGUGGAAUUACAACUGCACGCUUGGGAAGUCGAUUUGGCUGUGUGGUGUUCGUACAAAUAUUUGAACGCUAGCCCCGGUGCAGUCGGGGGACUGUUUGUGCACGAGAAACAUCAUCAUUUGACCGGGACACAUGGACCCAGUCCGGUAGUUUUGGAACCGGUCCAGAACGGACCCCGACUGACCGGUUGGUGGAGUCAUCGAGCCGAGACCCGAUUUGAUAUGACCAAUGAAAUGGAACUGGCCCCUGGAGCGGCAGCCUAUCGAGUCUCAAAUCCGCCAUUUAUGGCAAUGAUUGCUCUGCAGACCAGUUUGGACAUUGUGCAUCGAUGCGGCGGAAUGAAACCGAUCCGUGAACGAUCGAUUCGUCUGACCGGCUACUUAGACUAUUUGCUUCGCUCCAGCCAAGCCUAUGCGCUACCCCCAGACCAGUGUCUAAUUGUCACCCCGAACGAAGCCGAGGCACGUGGUGCUCAAAUCACAAUCGCAUUUCAACACGAUGUGAAUCGGUAUUUCCAUGCGCUAACCAGACGUGGAUUUAUCUGUGAUGUGCGCAAACCAAAUUGUAUUCGUGUCAGCCCAAAUCCGUUGUACACACGAUUUGUUGAUGUGCUCAAUUUUGCCCAGUGUUUGCACCGGAUAGUCACGGCCCCGGAGCCAGAUCAUGAAUGA